CUCCAAAUAAAACGGGUUUUCAUGAGUAACAGUCUUGGCUGUGUAUAUACCCUUUCCCCGCCGGAACCUUUCUGAACUUCGUACAAUGAGGUCUCAAAUUACCACCUAUGUACACGUAGUGGUGCUGGCAAUAUGUUUCAGUUUCUUUGUCGCAAAAGUGUCCGCCAUAUACUGUGUACAGUGCAGCAGCGAGACGAACCCGUACUGCCAGGUGCCGGACAUGAUCGACCCGAUGCCUUGCCCAGCGAACCACGACUUCUGUGUGACCACCGUUGUCUUCAUGGGGAGCUUGAUAAGUGGUGAUCGCGUUUUGAAAAGAGGUUGCAGCGUUAGCCAUUCAUCCGGCUGUGAACAGAAUAACCGGUAUCUCACCUGCCACAUUCCAUGUCGUCAGAACGGCUGCAAUGCCGCCGUCAACCUCCUCAGGUAACAACUUCGACGAUGAUGGAAAAAUAUCCUUGAAUUGAAUCGGAUCCCAUACGUUUCCGGAUGUUGUUUCAAUAAUUCAGAAGAUUCAGCUCGGCAUGGAACACCCCAUCUGUGUCUGUGAACUAUCGCUGCUACUGAUGGCAUCUUGGUGUAUAAUGGUGGCUGCAGAUGUCAUGUCUGGGGAUGAAGAGACAAUGAGAUUUUUUUUUCAUUUUUCAUCACAUUUUAUCCCCUAAAGAGCUUGCGACAUUAAACAACCUGCAUGGCAGAUAUGUUAAGUACUAUUUAUUACUCUUUACAUGGUAUGUGGAGAGAGGUGUCUUGGUUCGAUAGUGUAAGAUUAUUUGGUAACUGUAACUAUAUUAUCAGUUCAGUUAUAAUAUAUAAUAUAUGUUAGAGCAACGGCUACGUCGUGUAUAUAGACCAGUGUGCAAUAAUCUUGGGCAGAAGAAAUAGGCGCUCUUACGAUACAGUAUAACUCACCACAACAGUCACAGGAAAUACAUUUAUAUAUUACGUCUUGUGAAUAAAGUUCACGUUUAUGUGUA